CAUCACAUUUGCAAAAAAGCAAGAAAAAGAGAACAAUAUUGGCAAGGAUUCAAUAAAUGAAUAUCAAGAUGGCGGAUUCAAUACAAUCUCACCCACAUACACAUUCGCGAUCUCACAUCCUUUCCACUGGAUCAGUUGCAGUUGAUGAUGAUGAUUCUUCACACUCACGCUCUGCCAGUGGACAUCCUCCUGGAGCCUUUGAAAGUUCCACUGGUGGACAUUCUCCUGGAGCCUUUGAAAGCUCCAUUGUCGAAACACCCUCUCAAUUCGAAGCUGGUUUGAAUACAGCUCCUGACACAGUCAGGCCGGCCCCCCGAUCUACUCAACAGCUUGAUGAAGCUGGUUCUCUUGAUGAGAAUAUUGGACACCCAGAUGUCUACCGUUCGGGCGGGGCAAUAUCAGACCAACAGAUGGAACAUCUCAAGAUGACAUUUGAGAUAGAGAAGGAGAGGCGUAGAGUCCUAGAACUCGAACUACAACUGGAAAAACUCCGUCAACAGAGAUCCUCUACGGAUCGACCACAGGAUGUCAACAAUCAUCCUGCCACCACCUCAACAGCUACAAAAGCUACAACACACAACCCGAAGGUCCUACUCAAUGCAGCCUGCAAAGCGGCUGCGGCGAUUCCUUCAGCGACACCAGGCCUACUGACUGCAGCCCAUAAAGAGACUGCAGCGAUUCCUGAUCCAUCAAUUGAUAAUCUAUUCAUUGAUGAGGAAAUUUGAUCUGAGUGUCCAUUAU